AUGACACUGAGCAACAGUCAAACAAGACAGGAAAAGAGAGAGCAGGGAAACAAGACAAGCAAUACGCAAUACGACGAUCAAAGGUCUGAUAAGAGCUUUGUCGAGUGUGGCGGCACGAUUAGAAGUCAUGACGAGAAGGCGGUCUUCACGUGCCCCUACGCCAUCGAUGAGAUUGAGAAGUGCGGAUAG